AUGCUGACGUCCGCAAUGAUGCUGAUGCUGGAAGAUCGCACCGGGACGGACAAUGGAGAGAACGACUCGACGUCUUCGGCCACCGCUUUCGACGACGACGAAGUGUUUGGCAAUGUGGUGUACGAGGAAGCGGCGUCCGCCUUCACUUCCCUGCCACCGCCGGACUACCCGCCCGUACAUCACCACGCUCCAAGCGUCGCGUUGAGCGAUUUUGAGCUGCUGGAAGUGCUCCUCAACACAAGCUCCAACGGACCGCUCGGAUCGCUCUGGAACGGCACGGGGGCGGCGGCGGCGGGGUCCACCGAAACGCCCUACACGCCGUACGAGAUGCGACCGGAAACGUACAUCGUGCCGAUCCUGUUCGCUGCCAUCUUCAUCAUCGGCGUGCUUGGCAACGGGACGCUCGUCAUCGUGUUCCUGCGCCACCGGGCGAUGCGCAACGUCCCGAACACCUACAUCCUUUCGCUCGCCCUGGCCGACCUGUUGCUGAUCGUGACGACCGUGCCGUUCACGUCCAUCGUCUACACGGUCGACUCGUGGCCCUGGGGCAGCCUGCUCUGCACGUCGUCCGAGUUCAUCAAGGACGUGUCGAUCGGCGUGUCCGUCUUUACGCUCGUCGCCCUGUCCGGCGAUCGCUUCUUCGCCAUCGUGGACCCGCUGCGAAAGUUUCACGCGCACGUAGAUCCUUUUCUAGGGGGAGGAAGGCGGGCCACACGGAUGACCAUCGCCACGGCCAUUCUGAUCUGGCUGCUGGCCAUCGCGUUCGCCAUUCCGGCUAUUAUUGGUUCGCACAUUAAGGCGAUCAACGUCAACAAGGAUGUGUCGUUUUACUUCUGCUAUCCGUUCCCGGACGAGUGGGGACCGGAGUACGCCCGGGGGAUGGUGUUGGGCAAGUUUCUGAUCUACUACGCCGUGCCACUGUUCAUCAUCGGCAUCUUCUACGCACUGAUCGCGCGCCAUCUCAUCCACAGCGCCAAGCACGUGCCGGGCGAGAUGCAGGGCACCGUACGGCAGAUCAAAGCACGGCGGAAAGUGGCGAUCACCGUGCUGGCGUUCGUCGUAAUAUUCGGCAUCUGCUUCCUGCCUUCGCAUCUAUUCAUGUUGUGGUUUUACUACAACCCAAACUUCAACGAGGACUAUAACGGUUUCUGGCACGUUCUGCGAAUAGUUGGCUUCUGCCUGUCGUUCGCGAACAGCUGCGCCAAUCCGGUCGCGCUGUACUGCGUCAGUGGCGCAUUUCGGAAGCACUUCAACCGUUAUCUGUUGUGCGAAGGUUCUUCGAGCAGCCGACGGCGGCACGGGGACAAUCUCGCACCGAGAGACACCUCCCUCACCAGCACCAUGUCCCGCCGGUAUACCAGCAAACGGAUGCAGUCGUUGCGGAUAAACAUCCAGGAGACCACAAUAGUGAUGAUACCGAACGGCAGCUCCAAGUCCGACGGCACCACGCUCGAGAAGGAGAUGGUUUGCCUGUCGUAA